ACGAGUUUGACACCGGAAGGUCUUCUUCGGCGCUUCAAGAAAGAGUCGGAGUGUCGUGCGUGUGGUCGGCGUAAAGGUUUAAGUCGAAAAAAGAAAGAAGGUUUUUAUAGUCACGAAAAUGAGUUUGUUAAAUAAACCCAAGUCUGAAAUGACCCCUGAGGAACUCCAAAAGAGAGAAGAGGAGGAGUUCAAUACAGGACCACUCUCAGUCCUCACACAGUCCGUCAAAAAUAAUACACAAGUUCUAAUCAACUGUCGUAACAACAAGAAGCUACUAGGACGUGUAAAAGCUUUUGAUAGACAUUGCAACAUGGUUCUUGAAAAUGUAAAGGAGAUGUGGACUGAAGUACCUAAAAGUGGCAAGGGCAAGAAGAAAUCUAAACCUGUGAACAAGGACCGCUAUAUUUCCAAGAUGUUCCUUCGGGGUGAUUCAGUAAUUGUGGUGCUGAGGAACCCUCUGAUCACAGGAAAAUAACUGUACCCUCCUACGUUGUACUGCAGGGUUUCUAGAUUCUGCCAGUCAAUACAGUUUUCUGUACUUUAAUCCUUUAUUUUGUGUUAACCAUAAAUUCUUACAUUAAAUAUUACAAUAACCUUUUCAGUUGGUGUCUUACAAGGCUUGAAUGAAGCAUCAAAACAUGCCCUUUGUAUCACUUCAUAACUAGCCAUUGUUCCAUUAGAAAUUGGAGCUGCAUUUUGUAUUAGCUGGAGUGAAAAAGAGCAAUCGAGGAAGACAAUAUCAUUUUGUAAUUUUCUUUUUUUUAAUAAACUGAUAAAACAGAAGUAAAA